GUGGGUCCACCCACCCCUUCCCGGGCCCGAACCGGCUCCGACGGGGCGUGUCGGGCGUGUCCCUGUGGGCGUGUCCCGCCCCAUCGUCUCCGCCCCGUGGGCGUGGCCGGGGGUGGGGUGGGCGUGUCCCCGGUACCGGCGGGUCGGCGGCUCCGUCUGGCGGGGCCGGAGCGGGGCUGAGCCGGGCCGGGCUGGGCCGGGCCGGGCUAGGCCGGGCCCAGCUGCCGCCAUGGGCCGGGGGGGGGUCCCGGGGGGGGCCCCGGGGCGGGGGGGGCGCCCGGGGGGGGCCCCGGUGCUGCUGCUGCUGCUGCUGCUGCGACUCGGAGCGGCCGCAGUGCUGCCGUGCCCCGAGGGGGCGCCGCCCUGCGAGAAUGGGGGGCUCUGCGUGCUGGACCCCCAAGGCCGGCCCACCUGCCUGUGCCAGCCGGGGGCGCUGGGGGAGCGGUGCCAGCUGCGGGACCCCUGCACCCCCUCGCCCUGCCCCCCCGGGGGGCUCUGCCAGAGCACCCUGCGCCAGGGCACCCUGCGCCCCCGCUGCCUCUGCCCCCCGGGCACCCGCCGUCCUGACUGCACCCCCCUGGAGACGCCCCCCUCCCCCCCCUGCGCCCCCUCCCCCUGCCUGAACGGGGGCACCUGCCGCCAGCUGGGGGAGGGGACCUUCGACUGCGCCUGCCUCCCCGGCUUUGAGGGUCCCACCUGCGAGACCAACGUGGACGAUUGCCCCGGGCACAAGUGUCUCCACGGGGGCACCUGCGUGGACGGGGUCAACACCUACAACUGCCAGUGCCCCCCCGAGUGGACGGGCCAGUUCUGCACCGAGGACGUGGACGAGUGCCACCUGCAGCCCAACGCCUGCCACAACGGGGGCACCUGCUUCAACACCCAGGGCGGCCACACCUGCGUCUGCGUCAACGGUUGGACGGGCGAGAGCUGCAGCGAGAACAUCGACGACUGCGCCACCGCCGCCUGCCUCAACGGGGCCACCUGCCACGACCGCGUCGCCUCCUUCUACUGCGCCUGCCCCAUGGGCAAGACGGGCCUGCUGUGCCACCUGGACGACGCCUGCGUCAGCAACCCGUGCCACGAGGACGCCAUCUGCGACACCAACCCCGUCAACGGCCACGCCAUCUGCACCUGCCCGCCCGGCUUCACCGGCAGCGCCUGCAACCAGGACGUCGACGAGUGCUCCAUUGGCGCCAACCCCUGCGAGCACUUUGGGCGCUGCGUGAACACGCAGGGCUCCUUCGAGUGCCGCUGCGGGCGGGGCUACGCGGGGCCGCGCUGCGAGAGCGACGUCAACGAGUGCCUGUCGGGGCCCUGCCGCAACCAGGCCACCUGCCUGGACCGCAUCGGGCGCUUCUCCUGCAUCUGCAUGGCCGGGUUCAGCGGGCCCCUCUGCGAGCUGGAGGUGGACGAGUGCCAGAGCAGCCCCUGCGCCAACGGCGGCCGCUGCCGCGACCUGGUCAACGGCUUCUCCUGCUCCUGCCCCCCCGGUUUCUCGGGCCCCACCUGCCAGACGGACGUGGACGAGUGCGCCAGCACCCCCUGCCGCAACGGCGCCAAGUGCCUCGACCGCCCCAACGGCUACGAGUGCCUCUGCGCCGAGGGCUUCGAGGGCGCCCUGUGCGAGCGCAACGCGGACGACUGCGCGCCGGACCCCUGCCACCACGGCACCUGCCUGGACGGCAUCGCCAGCUUCGCCUGCGCCUGCGCCCCCGGCUUCACCGGCCACCGCUGCGAGCUGCAGCUGGACGAGUGCCAGAGCGGGCCCUGCCGCCACGGCGGCCGCUGCAUCGACCGCGUCGCCGCCUACCACUGCCGCUGCCCGCCCGGCACCGCCGGCGUCAACUGCGAGGUGAACCUCGACGACUGCGCCAGCGCCCCCUGCGUCCACGGCGUGUGCCAGGACGGCAUCGGCCGCUACGAGUGCGUCUGCCAGCCCGGCUUCACAGGUCCCCGCUGCAACGUGGAGAUCAACGAAUGCGCCUCCAACCCGUGCCACGACGGCGGCACCUGCGUGGACGGCGCCAACGGCUUCGCCUGCCUCUGCCCGCCGGGCACCCGCGACGCCCAGUGCCGCCCCAGCACCCUGCCCUGCCGCAGCAGCCCCUGCGCCCGCGGCGCCUGCCGCGACCACGGGGACGGGUUCAUCUGCGAGUGCCCGGCGGGCUGGGGGGGCCCCACGUGCGCCCGCAGGGAGGACCCCUGCGCCACCCGGCCCUGCCACCACGGGGGCACCUGCACCCCUUUGGGGGGGGGGUACCGCUGCGCCUGCCGCCCCGGCUACCAGGGCGCCCAGUGCCAGCUGGAGGUGGACGAGUGCGCGUCGGGGCCGUGCCAGCACGGGGGCACCUGCCUGGACGGCGCCGGCACCCACCGCUGCCUCUGCGCCCCCCCCUUCACAGGGCGGGCGUGCGAGGUGCCGCUGGCUCCCUGCUCCCCCAACCCCUGCGAGCACGGCGGCAGCUGCGUCCCCACCCCCGACUACGGGGGCUUCACCUGCCGCUGCCCCCCCGGCUGGCAAGGCGAGCGCUGCGGGCAGGACGUGGACGAGUGCGGGCAGAGCCCCUGCCUGCACGGGGGGGUCUGCACCAACCACCCCGGCACCUUCGGGUGCCUCUGCCCCCGCGGCUACGGGGGGGGCACCUGCCAGCACGACCUCGAUGACUGCCAGCCCGACCCCUGCCUGAACGGGGGCACCUGCCGGGACGGGGUGGGGACCUUCUCCUGCUCCUGCCCCCCCGGGUUCGGGGGUCCCCGCUGCGAGGCCGAGGAGGACGAGUGCAGGAGCCGCCCCUGCCGCAACGGCGGCACCUGCUCCGACUACGUCAACAGCUUCACCUGCACCUGCGCCCCCGGCUGGAGCGGCCGCCUCUGCCAGCACAACGUCCCCGACUGCACCGGCAGCUCCUGCUUCAACGGCGGGACGUGCGUGGACGGCGUCGCCUCCUUCACCUGCCGGUGCCGCCCCGGCUUCGGGGGCACCCACUGCCAGCACCCACCGGACGGGUGCCGCGGGCGCCCCUGCGGGCCGGGGGGCACCUGCGUGGCCUCGGGGGACGCCCACCGCUGCCUCUGCCCGCCGGGCUACACCGGCACCCACUGCCAGGAGCCGCUGGAUCUGUGCGCGGGGGCGCGGUGCCUCCACGGCGGGCGGUGCCAGCAGGUGGGGGGGGGCACCUCCUGCCUCUGCCCCCCCGCCUGGACGGGCGACGCCUGCGACGUCCCCAACGUCCCCAACGCCACCUGCGCCGCCCUGGCCGCCCACAGAGGGGUGCCGCUGGCGCGGGUGUGUCACGGGCGGGGCCGCUGCGUGGGGGCCGCCGGCGGGGGGCUUCGCUGCCUCUGCCAGGAGGGCUUCGGGGGUCCCUACUGCCAGACCCCCCGCGACCGCUGCCUGCCCAACCCCUGCCGGCACGGGGCCGCCUGCCGCAGCCACGGGGGGGGCUACGAGUGCGAGUGCCCCCCGGGCUACGUGGGCCGGGAGUGCGAGGUGGAGGUGGACGAGUGCCAGUCGCAGCCCUGCCAGAACGGGGGCACCUGCCUCGACCUCGUGGGACGCUACCUCUGCUCCUGCCCCCCCGGCACCCUGGGCGUCCUCUGCGAGAUCGACGAGGACGACUGCGCCCCCCCGCCGGGCGCCCUGGCACCCAAGUGCCUCCACAACGGCACCUGCGUGGACAGGGUGGGGGGCUACGACUGCGCCUGCCCCCCCGGCUACGCGGGCGCCCGCUGCGAGGGGGACGUCAACGAGUGCCGCAGCCAGCCCUGCCACCCCCCCGGCACCCUGGCGUGCGUGCAGGGUGCCAACGCCUACCGCUGCCUCUGCCGGCCCGGCUUCACCGGCCACCGCUGCCAGACCCUGGUGACCCCCUGCCAGUCCCAGCCCUGCCGCCACGGUGGGCGCUGCCAGCCCGAGCCCGGCACCCCCCGCGGCUACGCCUGCCGCUGCCCGCCGGGUUUCACCGGCGCCCACUGCGAGAGCCGCCCGCCGUCCUGCCGCGCCCCCCCCUGCCCCACCGGGGGCAGCUGCGCCCCCCCGCCCGCCGGCCCCCCCUGCCUCUGCCCCCCCGGCCCCCCGCCGGCCGUGGGGUGCGCGGUGGGGUGCGGGGGGAAGGCGGGGGACGGCGCGCGGCCGGCGGGGGACCCCUGGGGGCGCUGCGGGGACCCCGAGUGCCCCCCCCUCUUCAACAACAGCCGCUGCGACCGGGGCUGCGACAACCCCCGCUGCCUGUACGACAACUUCGACUGCCGGCCCCCCCACCGCGCCUGCAACCCCCUCUACGAGCAGUACUGCUCCAACCACUUCGCCGACGGGCGCUGCGACCAAGGCUGCAACAGCGAGGAGUGCGGCUGGGACGGGCUGGACUGCGCCCAGGGGGUCCCCGAGGCGCUGGCGCGGGGGGUGCUGGUGGUGACGGUGCUGCUGCCCCCCGCCGAGCUGCGCCGCGCCCGCGCCGCCUUCCUGCAGCGGCUCAGCGCCAUCCUGCGCACGGCGCUGCGCCCCCGCCGCCGCCCCGACGGCCGCGACAUGAUCGAGCCCUACUACCGGCCCCGGGCCCCGCCGCGCGGCGAGGGGGCCCCCGAGGUCAUCGGCUCGGUGGUCACCCUGGAGCUGGACAACCGCCUGUGCGCGGGGGCCUCCGCCCGCUGCUUCCCCGACACCCGCAGCGCCGCCGACUACCUGGGCGCGCUGGCCGCCCUGGGCCGCCUCCGCCUCCCCUACCCCAUCGCGGCCGUGCGCGGUGACAAGGUGCCCGAGGCGCCGGGGGGGGUGCGGCUGCUGCCCCUGGCCGUGGUGGGGGGCGUCAUCCUGCUGGGCACGGCGGCGCUGGGGGUGCUGGUGGCGCGGCGGCGGCGGGAGCAGAGCACCCUCUGGUUCCCCGAGGGCUUCGCCCUGGCCAAGGAGAGCAAGAGGGACCGGCGGGAGCCCGUGGGGCAGGACGCCCUGGGCAUGAAGACCCUGGGGAAGGGGGAGACCCUCAUGGGUGAACCCUCGGAGGAGUGGCCGGACGGCGACGGCCCCGAGGCCAAGAGCUCAAGGUACCCCCGGGGGGGACUUGGGGGGCACCUGGGGGGCACUUGGGGGGCAGGAGGGGCCCGUGACCCCAAGCUGGGCACCCUCAGGGGUGUGGGGUCCCGGGACCCCCAUACGCAGGCACUGGUGUGGGUAUGGGAGGGGUCCUGGCACCCCCAUGGGUGGCACCCCCGGUGCUCCGGCACCUUUGGGGGUGGGGGUCCCUGCACCCCCAUGCCCUGGCACUCUUAUGGGUGGGGGUCCUGGCACCCUUGUGGGGGGAGUCCUGGCACCCCCACGGCCAAGCACCGUCAUGGGUGGGGGUCCCAGCACGCCCCUGGGGGGGUCCCAGCACACCCACAGUCAGGCACCGUCAUGGGUGGAGGAGGGUGGCCGCGGAGCCCCCCGAGCCCGUGGACCCCCCGGCGGUGGACCCAGCACCACCUGGUCGCGGCCGACAUCCGCGUGCCCCCCACCACGGCCCUGACGCCCCCCCAGGGCGACCCCGACGCCGACUGCGUGGACGUCAACGUCCGCGGGCCAGACGGCUUCACCCCACUGAUGCUGGCCUCCUUCUGCGGCGGCGCCCUGGCGGCGGCGGCGGCGGCGGCGGCGGAGGAGGAGGAGGAGGAGGAGGAGGAGGAGGGGGACCGCGGGGGGGCGGCGGCGCCCUCGGCGGGCGUCAUCGGGGCGCUGCUGUGCCAGGGCGCCAGCCUGGGCGCCCGCACCGACCGCCUGGGCGAGAGCGCCCUGCACCUGGCCGCCCGCUACGCCCGCGCCGACGCCGCCAAGCGCCUGCUGGGGGCCGGCGCCGACGCCAACGCCCGCGACAGGGCCGGGCGCACCCCGCUGCACGCCGCCGUCACCGCCGACGCCCAGGGCGUCUUCCAGGUGCGCCCGCCCAGCCUCGCCGUGGGGCAGGCGGG